UAAGAGAAAAUAAGCUCCUGAGUCCUUGUUGCUUGCUCUCUCGGGAUCUCGCUCGCCGCCAUGGACGUCUUUCAAUCUCCUUUGGAAGCUCUUGCCUUCAACUACGUGAGCUUCGAAUAUUUAGCCAGCGUUCAGAGCUUCUUAACCUGUAUCGCUAUUGUUACCGCCGCUAUCAGUUUCUGGAGAAUCAGAGCCGUAAGCUCCAAUUCCUUACAUCGAACCAAAUCAUCCGGUGAUUCUCCUUCUUCGUCCUUGGAUGGUCGUUGUUGCUCUACUCCAAAUCUGUCUUCUCCACCGAUACAAGUAAUCUCCACCUGGUCUGAGCCCGAAUCAGAGAAGGAGAAGAAGGAAGAGGAGCCAUUUCAUCAAGAACAAACUUGCUCUGCUUUGGUUGGCGUUGGAGCCAUCGAAUAUGAUGACAAGGAAGACAACGGCAGGGUCAUCAAAGAAAAGUUCACACUGUAUUAUCAAGGGGAAGAGGAUAAUACUAUUCCUCCUAUCGUCGGCAACGAAGACGGCGAUGACUUUGAUGUCGUCUGCCCUUUCAGGGAAGAGCUUUACUGCUCUGACGGGCGUUGGUCUUACGACGGAAUUAGGAUGAUGAGGAGAGAGGGUGAUUUGGGUUGGUACAGUUCUCAAGAUUUAACGGUGUUUAACGGUAGCGUCGUUAGGUUGUGGGACUGUCAUAGACGGAGAUGCUCAUCGCCGUCCGGUUACUUCCUGGCUCUAUGAUUUAAUGAUUAGAG